AUGUCCGGAAUAUCUGGGAUUUCGGGAAUUUCGACUUCCAUUUACGAGGCCAUGCCGCACGUUCCUAACAUGCACGAGAUGCAGACCAUGCUCUCAGCAGUCAUGAAGUCCAAGCUACCAGACCUGGACACCACUAAGCUUCAGGCGAUGCUUCCUCACGUGGAGCUCCCAAGGCUGCAGCAGGUUCAGGCUGCUCUGCUGUGGUACUACGGCUGUGUCCAUCGCUACGCCAGCACGGCCUUGGAAUCCACACCGGCGUUUCCCACCAGUCCGCUGUGGAACGAUCAGAGCGUCUUUGGAAACUGCUCACUUUCGGACAGCCCUUCGUUUUUGCUAAGAUCAAUCAAAACUGAGCGCAAGAUUGCCAUGUGGCCGUUCUUCGUCUUCCUAACCGGCGCCAUGAUCUGCCUGCUCUCCAGCAGCACCUGCCACCUCCUGGGCUGCCAUUCCAAGAAGGUCUCCCAGAUCAUUUGGCGGUUUGACUAUGCGGGAAUUGCCAUCCUCAUCUGCGCAUCCUUCUACCCGCCAGUCUACUACGGCUUCCUCUGCCACCCAUACGCCCGGCUCACCUACCUCGUCCUGAUCACCCUCGGUGGUUUGGGAACUGUAGCUGCCUCUCUUCUCCCUGCCUUUCAACAACCUAAGUACCGAGCCUUUCGUGCAGGGCUGUUCUUUGGACUGGGAGUCUCUGGUGUGGUUCCAUUUUUCCAUGGCAUGCUGCUCUACCACCAUGAGCCGUUUUUGGUGACAACUCUUCUGUAUGAGCUGCUUAUGGGGGCGUUGUACGGCAUUGGAGCUCUCUUUUAUGCCACCAGGAUUCCCGAGCGAUGGCUGCCUGGGAAGUUUGACAUAGCGGGACACAGCCAUCAGAUUUUCCAUGUUCUUGUUAUUGCUGGGGCGUACACGCACUAUCAGGCUGCCCUAAGAUAUCUGCAAUGGGUGGAUGGUCGCAUGUGCUGA